GCGCCCCUGCCCCCGGCGUCCCCUCCGGAGCCCCAGCAGCAGCCCCUCCGGGCCUGCUCCUCUUCCUCCAUCAAGGUGGAGGGAGGUGGAGGGUGCGACCAGAUCACCCCAGAUGAGGAGCAGAGGCUGGGCCAAGCCGGUUUCAUGCAGAGGCAGUUCGGGGCCAUGCUCCAGCCAGGGGUCAACAAAUUCUCCUUGAGGAUGUUUGGCAGCCAGAAGGCCGUGGAGAGGGAGCAGGAAAGGGUUAAGUCUGCCGGGUUCUGGAUCAUCCAUCCCUACAGCGACUUCAGGUUUUACUGGGAUUUGACCAUGCUGCUCCUGAUGGUAGGGAACCUGAUCAUCAUCCCUGUGGGCAUCACUUUCUUCAAGGAUGAAAACACUACUCCAUGGAUUGUCUUCAAUGUGGUUUCGGACACGUUCUUCCUCAUCGACCUUGUCCUCAACUUCCGAACAGGCAUUGUGGUGGAGGACAACACUGAGAUCAUCCUAGACCCACAGAGGAUCAAGAUGAAGUACCUGAAGAGCUGGUUUGUGGUGGAUUUUAUCUCCUCCAUCCCCGUGGACUAUAUCUUCCUGAUCGUGGAAACGCGCAUCGAUUCCGAGGUGUACAAGACGGCGCGAGCUCUGCGCAUCGUGCGCUUCACCAAGAUCCUCAGCCUGCUGCGGCUGCUGCGGCUCUCCCGGCUCAUCCGCUACAUCCACCAGUGGGAGGAGAUCUUCCACAUGACCUACGAUUUGGCCAGUGCGGUGGUGAGGAUCGUGAACCUGAUCGGGAUGAUGCUGCUGCUGUGUCACUGGGACGGCUGCCUCCAGUUCCUGGUGCCCAUGCUGCAGGACUUCCCUGAUGACUGCUGGGUGUCCCUCAACCGCAUGGUGAAUGACUCCUGGGGGAAGCAGUACUCCUACGCGCUGUUCAAGGCCAUGAGCCAUAUGCUGUGCAUCGGGUACGGGCAGCAGGCACCCGUGGGCAUGUCAGACGUGUGGCUCACCAUGCUGAGCAUGAUCGUGGGGGCCACCUGCUACGCCAUGUUCAUCGGCCACGCCACAGCCCUCAUCCAGUCCCUGGACUCCUCACGGCGCCAGUACCAGGAGAAGUACAAACAAGUGGAGCAGUACAUGUCCUUCCACAAGCUCCCGGCAGACAUGCGGCAGCGCAUCCACGAUUACUAUGAGCACCGCUACCAGGGGAAGAUGUUUGAUGAGGAGAGCAUCCUGGGAGAGCUGAGCGAGCCCCUCCGAGAGGAAAUCAUAAACUUCAACUGCCGGAAGCUGGUUGCCUCCAUGCCCCUCUUUGCCAACGCAGAUCCCAACUUUGUGACCUCCAUGUUGACCAAGCUGCGCUUCGAGGUGUUUCAGCCAGGGGAUUACAUCAUCCGAGAGGGCACCAUUGGCAAGAAGAUGUACUUCAUCCAGCACGGGGUGGUCAGUGUCCUCACCAAGGGCAACAAGGAGACCAAGCUGGCUGAUGGCUCCUACUUUGGAGAGAUCUGCCUGCUGACGCGCGGCCGGCGCACGGCCAGCGUGAGAGCCGACACCUACUGCCGCCUCUACUCCCUCUCCGUGGACAACUUCAACGAGGUGCUGGAAGAAUACCCCAUGAUGCGCAGAGCCUUUGAAACAGUGGCCCUCGACAGGCUGGACAGAAUUGGCAAGAAAAAUUCCAUUCUGCUGCAUAAAGUCCAGCAUGACCUCAAUUCAGGUGUUUUCAACUACCAAGAGAAUGAGAUCAUCCAGCAGAUCGUGCAGCACGACAGAGAGAUGGCACACUGU